AACCUCGUAGGUGCGCAGUUCAAAAACCUACGCCCAACACCAACAGCCUCUCACACAGAGCGAAAAUGGCGCCAAAUCCCGCAACAAUCCCCGUCAAAUCUCUCUCCUCCUUCUGUUCCAUCCCUCUCCCUCCAAAACCCAUAUCCCCUUUUCUCAAUCCCUCCAGAAUCUCUGCAAAUUUCCAUCCAGAAUCCCGUUUUCCGGGUCGUUUUUCGUGCCGUUUCGGUCUCAGUUCAAAUUCCAGCCAUGAAAUCCGUUCCGGCGAUUUGGGUCCCUCCAAAAUGAGGUUAGGGAAAAUGGGUCUUGAUUUUUUCCCUGCCCGAGCGGUUUCCGAUGCUGGUUUUGGCGGGGAAGGCGGUUUUGGAGGUUCUUCAGGCGGCGGCGGCGGCGGGGAUUCAGAUGGAAGAGGUGAAGAAGAGAGUGGUGGAAAUGAUCACUCAUUGCUUUCAUGGUAUUUGGUAGCUCUUGAGAAGUAUCCAGUGCUCACAAAAGCUUUGACGUCUGCAUUAUUAACUUUCAUUGGGGACUCAAUUUGCCAGCUUUUAAUUGAUCGGGUGCCAACAUUGGACUUGAAGCGAACAUUUCUAUUCACUUUCUUGGGAUUUGUGUUGGUUGGUCCCACAUUGCAUUUUUGGUAUUUUUACUUGAGCAAUGUGGUGACCAUGCCAGGAGGACCUGGUGCAUUCUUGCGCCUUUUGCUUGAUCAGUUCCUUUUCUCUCCUAUCUUCAUUGGAGUCUUCUUAUCUUGCCUUCUAACACUAGAGGGAAGACCAUCCCAAAUAAUGCCAAAGCUCCGACAGGAGUGGUUUUCUUCUGUGGUGGCAAAUUGGCAAUUGUGGAUCCCAUUCCAGUUUCUAAAUUUCCGGUUCGUUCCGCAGCAAUUUCAGGUUCUUGCAGCGAACAUCGUUGCUCUAGCGUGGAAUGUAAUUCUGUCUUUCAAAGCUCACAAAGAAGUUAUUUCCAAAUAGUAUCUAGAACAGGACUUGGGAGACAAAAUACUGGACUUCGAAGAGCUCCGGCAACUGACAACAGGUACUUAAAGAGUCGGAUUGUUUUUCUUUUCCUUUUUAAAUUUUUUUUUUUUUCUUUUCAAACAGGUGUGAAAAUUUUGUUUUUGUUUUCGUAUUUUUAAAUAAUCAAGUGGUUUUUUUUUUUUU